UCUCUGUUUUCACUCUUCAAUCUGUGCAUUUCUUCUGGUUACAGUACUCCGCCGGCCCACCGCGGAAACCAUGGACGCUCUCCCGCAGGACACGCUCCACCAGAUCUUCUCGAGCCUUCCCCUCCGGCAGAUCAUGAUCUGCCGCUCACUCUCCAAGUUCUUCAACCAACUCCUCACCUCACCCUCCUUUGUCCACAUCAUCUCCAACCAAUCUCCGCCCCUCAACCUCCUCGCCCUCCGCCCUCCCCACCACCACCACCAGCGCCACGUGUCCUCCUCAUCCUGCCUCCACGUCUUCGACCCCGACCUCAACCAAUGGCUCAGAUUCGCCCUCGAUUUCCUCCCCUUCCGCUCACCACACCCCGUCGCCUCCUCUCUCGGCCUCGUCUACCUCUGGGGCGACUCGCCCGACCCGCCCGAGUCAACCAAGUCCCUCGUCGUCUGCAACCCUCUGACUCGUCAGUUCCGGGUCCUCCCUCAGCUCGGCUCGGCCUGGUCGCGCCACGGCUCGGUCCUCGUUGACUCCCAAACUCGAGUCAUGGUCCUCACCGAGCUCGCCGCGCUCUACUUCUCCGGUUCUAACCAGUGGCUCAAGUUCUCAUCGAACCUCCCGUCAAAACCCAGAAGCCCAAUCUUGGUGUUCGACUCGGUUUAUGCCCUCUGCGAUGUGGGUUCGCCGUGGAGGAGUGAAUGGAAGCUGUUCCACUGCACAAUUUCGAAGCUCAAGACCUCGCAGACUUGGACUCGGCUCGAAAAGCACGAGUGGGGGGACGUCUUCGACAUCCUGAAAAGACCCCGUUUAGUUCGCGGAAAUGGGAACAAGGUGCUGAUGGUUGGUGGGUUGAAGUCGUCUUUCUCGCUGAACGCUUCGUGUUCGACGAUUCUGAUUCUGAGGCUGGACUUGGAUAGCUUGGAAUGGGACGAGGCGGGCCGAAUGCCGGUGGAGAUGUUCAAGUGCUUUCAAGAGUCGAGCAAGUUCAAGGUGUUUGGUGGCGGCGAUAGGGUCUGUUUUUCGGCAAAGAGAAUUGGGAGAUUGGCUUUGUGGGACCGUUGUUCUGAGAAAGCUGAGUGGCGGUGGAUUGAUGGGGUGCCUGGCAGCGGCGAUGGGCUUUCCCGGGGUUUCGUUUUUGAGGCCACGCUCACUGCAUUUCCUUGAUGGGGUUCAACACAGAUAUCAGAGCUUUUGAUGCCGAGUAGAGUUUCUGAUACAGGUGUGCGUUACUGUUAUAUAAUGUAGAGAGUAGUGGACCUGAUUGAAUGCAGGAACCAUGUUUGCAAUGUUGCGAGCCAUGAAGGCCUCCCCAGGCUGGAAGCUAAGGAUAUGUGAGGGGCU